CAGUCUGUAAUGAACUCAGUAUUAUAGGAUCACAGUAAGACAGGAAUGGAUUACGUCUGUUGUCAUUAGAAUUAACAUCAUUGCUUGCGUCUUAAAUAAACACCAAGCCUCUGAAGGAGCUUUUGGGACUGUUCCUCAAACUUCAAGACGCGGUUUCUACAUUCUUUCUUAACCAAUCCGUUGUUAGCGGGAGGAGUCCCACCAGUGGACCUGAGGGACGGAAACGGUGUUUUACGAGUUCGGCGGAGCGUUUGACGACUCCGAAGGUCCGAGGUCCGGUGGGGGGCUUAUCGGGGGUGUCGGCUCCGGUACAAGCGAGCGACAUGCUCCCUCCUCAAAGAAUCGCGGGCCGAGAGCGGAGAGCGUUUCACUGGCGAACCGCCUCACCGUGGACCACGUGCGUGAGAGUGGCGUGUUGCAGUCGCUUGCGCUUUAUGUGGUUUGCUCUGAUGGUCCUGACGGUUCUCUGCGUGGCGCUGCAGAUGCUGGGAGUCGUCCGACAGGCCAGGAGCGCCAAGGUUUUGAAACUUGUCAGUGAGCAGCUGGUCAGAAUGCCUGCAGAGAUCCACAGGCCAAUAAAGCGCAAUGACUGGGAAAACAUUUGGUCUGUCUCAGCAGCUAUUGCUGAAGAACCAGUGGACCAGCAUCCUUUCAUACAGAGAAGAGACGAGAGCGAAAACACUCGUUCAGAAGAGGGAAGAGACCGAGUCUUGGAGGAUACAAGAAAACAGCUUACUAGUACCACCGAAGCAGCUCCGCCAAUAGAGACGAACAAACUCUGGCUUGGCCAAGAAUUCCCAAACCAGCCACGUAGACCAGCUUACCCCCAAAAGACCCCAAAAAUUAAAAAACAACCACACACUGAUGAAAUUAAUAGAUAUACAGUAAAAUCACGAGCCGACAACACUGCCACGUGUCAUCCCAAAAACCACAUUGUCUUCCUCAAGACGCACAAGACUGCCAGCAGCACUAUACUGAAUAUUCUCUAUCGUUAUGGGGAAAGCCAUAACCUGACUUUUGCCUUGCCGCUGAACAUGCACAGCCAGUUAUUUUACCCAGCAUUCUUUGCAGCGCACUUUGUGGAGGGUGUCAGGACUCGCAGUGUGAAGGAGUUCCACAUCCUGUGCAAUCAUAUGAGAUUCAGCUCACUAGAGGUGAGGAAAGUGAUGCCCAAAGACACAUUCUAUUUUUCCAUUCUUCGGAAUCCAGUGGCGAUGAUGGAAUCCCUGUUUGUUUACUACAAAGCGAUCCCGGCUUUCCGUGCUGUCAGGAGCCUUGAGGAGUUCCUGAUCCAGGGCGGGCGGAGCUACAACGCCUCUGUGCCUAAUAACCACUAUGCACGUAACAUUUUGACCUUCGACUUCGGUCUGGAUAACACAGCCCCCGAGAACGGCACCGAUCUGGACAGACGCAGCGCCGAGGUCAUCGCCGCCAUGGAACGCGACUUUCCGCUAAUCCUAAUCUCGGAGUAUUUUGACGAAUCGCUGGUGCUUCUAAAACACGUCCUCUGCUGGUCACUGGACGACGUUUCGUCGUUUCGCCUCAAUAGUCGCAGUGAACGCUCUCGCAGGCCCCUGAGCGCAGAGACCGCAGAGCGCGUCAAAGAGUGGAAUUCGCUAGACUGGCGAUUAUACCAGCACUUUAACGCAACGUUCUGGAAACGCAUAGACUCCACACUUGGGCGGACGAAGCUCCGGCAGGAAAUAGAGCUUCUGAGGACAAAGAGGAGGAACCUUGAGCGAAUGUGUCUUCAGGAAGGAGGGGCAGUAGAUCCUGCGCAGGUCCAGGAUUCAUCGCUGAAGCCGUUUCAGUACGGCGCGGCGGUCAUUCAAGGUUAUAACCUCCGACAGGAGUUAAAUAAUGACACUCGUCGGCUUUGUCAGAGGUUGAUUACGCCUGAACUACAGUACACCUCAGCUUUGUACGCCAAACAGUUCCCUCAGCUGGCAGCCGCCCGUGCCGCCGCGGCAAAAAAGAUUGCGGCUUCCAGAAACGCUGCAACGCACAGAGCCGUUAAGCGCAACGUUGAGACGUACGUUCACACAGCAAUGUCGAACAAUACCUCGCAUAACAAUAAAAAUAAAGCCAUCGUGGAUGAACAUAGCUUACACAUUUUAACUAAAUCUGUUACUCAUCGUGGGAGGCAAAGCAAUUUCGAUGUAACCAAACAGUAUAAUAAAAUAAAAAGAAACUCGCAUAAACACACCGCACAAAAACACUUUAUAAACUCAAACGUACAUAAGGAAUCGCAAGAGCCUGGUUUUUUGAGAUGAGUUUAUCAACUCAUAACAGAAAUGGUUAACUAGUCAGAAAUGAAUGCAUUAAAAGAUUUGGCUGGCAAAAAAAUCUAUGCUGUUCAAACUGCCUAGUGCUACGAAAGCAAGCAGUUUUCUGUUGGUGAAUGCAGUAAAUUCGGGUUAUCAGCUUGAAAAAGAGGGAACGUUUUCGCCCUCGCUGACUCCCGAUUAGGGUUGGGUUUCCUUUGUAUUCCAAUUCUGAUUCGGCUUAUUGAUUCCGAUUCAUAUUUCCCAGUUUCGAUUCAACGUUUAGAAAGCGAACAUAUUUUAUUCCGUGUCCUUUCGCGGAACAUUGCUGCUGAACAGGAACAAAAAUCUGCAUAAAACUGAAGUUGAUUAACAGCUGUUUGUCUGUAAAAUAGAGCCGCACGAUUCUGGAUUCGAGGGUUUGAAUUCUCUCACAAUAGGUGGAAUUUAAAUUAAGUAUCCGAUUCUGGAAUUGAUUUUCAAUUCCUAAAACUUCUCUUCAUUAUAUUUGAACUUACUGGAUUCGGCCAGUGAAAUUUUACUGAGCAAUGCUUAACGUGACCGUAUGAUUUAUAUUUAUUUUUACAAUGUUUUUAGCUCCAUCACAGCCCGAUUUUAUACAGAUUUAAAGCAUUGGCAUCCAGUGAGCAAUGUUUCCGCGUCUCUUUUGCUUUCCUCCGGUGCUCAAUCGCUGCAGUAAAAGAAGUCAUAAUUUUACCUGAAUUGCAAAUUUGAGUUUGCUGUCUGGGUCCAAUGUGAUGCAACAAAAAGAAAUGUUUUGCUAUGUAGCUCUCACGAACUGCUUGUAAUAAUCAGCGUACAAUAUAAUGGGACCAGCGUAGUCUGAUUCACGAAUGAAUGACUCUUACGAGCUGGUUCUUUUUGUGAAUCGAAAAUAUAUGGGACGACAAACCGUUGACUCCCAUGACGAGAUGGUUAUUUUUAGUCAAUCAAAAGCAUAUAUCGAGACCAGUGUAGCUCAGUAAAUGGGGAAAAUGCUUUUAUGAGCAGGUGCAGUUUAGCAAAUCAAAAACAUACUUACCGACCAUAUAAUAAGUUGUUCAGAAAAGAAAAAAGGCUUAUGCCAGUAUCAUCGACAAUGUCCAUACGACAGCGUUUUGUUAAAGAUAGCCUUUUUUUUUUAAAAUGGGCUCCAAUAAACAAUAUUUGUUAGGAAUGGUAGCCUAUUAUCAAAGUUUUGAUUAAAAUAUCGUGUCUCCUAUUAAUGUAUUUCUGCUUUACCCUCCAGCAAAACCAAUGAUACUUAAUGCACCUGAUCAUUUGACCCUUAAAAUGUUAUAGGCUAUGAUUAUAGUUUGAGACAAUAAUAAUCAAGUGUGAUUCAUCGUCUUAGAAGACUAAGUAAUGUCUCAUUUACCUUGUUUGCACUAUCUCUUCUCACAUAAAUCGUCUCGUUUUUAUGAAAACGAUUUGCCAUUUGUACACCAUAAGAGGCUUAUUGCGCCCGUUCGGCCGUGUUUUGUGUUUUGGAAAACGCAAAGCUUUCUGCUCAAUAUGUCUAAGCUAUUUCACUAAAACUAAUGGUUCGAGUUUCCAAUGUGAGUCAGAAGUUUAUAUAACAUGGAUAAAGCGCAUGUUUGGCCUCUGCAAAAGCACAGAUCGGGCUCAGCUAGGUUUUUUUGUCAUAACGCUAAUUGAAAAUUGACCUAUACAGCAGCAUUGUGAAUAACUCUUUUCAUAAUAGGCAUGAACUUUGUAAAUCCAGCUAUUUAUUUUUGCGCCGUGUGUCUUUUUCAAUUUGAUUUGUUGUUAAAUGUCACUGGGGGAAAAGUGGAAAAUAUGUCAGUGGCAUUUUCAGAGACGUGAAUCAGAGCCUAAUGCUGUUCGCUUUUUGAAAUGGCUAUUUCUGACACUCCAGCAUUUGAAAUGCAGCGGCCUCUGAAAGUAUUCAGGAGCUGUGGACACGCAAAUAAAGUUUGCUAGUGCUGCGGCAUAGUUGAGUUGUUGGCUCAGGUUUGAAUCUGACCUGGUUCAUGUCCUGAUCCCGUUUUAUCUUACCUAUCUGCAUUCUGCUGUCCUAUAAAUAACGACGAAAUGCCCUAAAACAAAACGAUUUACAAACAGAACGUAUGAACUUCAUUGCAUCAGAUAAACACAUCGAACCAGGUGAAAUCAACAGACAAAACCUAUUCGAAUUGAUGUUAAUGUGAUGUAGUGCACUAUGAACGAGUCUGAAAAUCCAAAUAAUUUGGUUGAUUCUAUUAUUUAAAGCCUAAUAAAUGUCAUUUCACACGAUAAUUUAGCUGAAAAGUGAGUUUUCUUGAAAACGAACACUACUUGGAUCGCUGUUUUAUUAUGCAGCGCAAUGACAAAGUGCGGUGUAAGUGUUUAAGUAUUUAAUGGAGCCUCUUUUUCUCACAAGCGCAACCCUAAUUAAUGUAAACGUUCUGUAUCGUGACGGAUCGAAUGCGAUGGCCAUCUACAAAACCAGUCUGGUGAUUCAAUGCAUUAUUGAGGCCAGUCUGAAUGAAGAAAGUAGCCCGUCUCAAUUAAGAAAGCAGACUUGUGCUGAGGGCUAAUGCUGAUUUGUCAAGUUUUACCAGCCUUACCGAGACUCUGAAAGACCUGGAACUUGACCAUUAUCCAAAAUGACCUAGGAGCCUUCGGAAAAGAUCCUCUGAACCAGAGCUUUAAUCUAAAGUUGGCGUCGAUGUUAGAGAGCAAUACACUGCGUGAGGCACCUUAUUUCAAAUCUCUGAAAGCUACAAGAUAUAUGUUUCGUAUUUAUUAAUAAAAGAUGAUUCUCUGGU